UGGAACUCUUUGGGGACAUUGUCAGCACAGUUGCUCAAAGCAUAUUGAAGCUGCUCCCGAUAUCUCCAAAUCCCCCUUCUUCUCCUUUUUCUUCCUUCACCCAUUUGUCUCAAUGUCAAUGUGUUUACAAGCAAUCAAUCUAAACACUUUCACUUAUCAAUCUCGAACUCGAAUCCCAAUUCAAAAACGAACUCUCGUUAAUGUCAACUCUAACUUACGAAUUUCUCCAAUCUCCAAUAAUAUUCGCAAGGGAAUAAUCGCUGCUUGCUCAACUCCCAGCCAAGAAAUUCUGCCCCACCAAUUGUCUGAUGAAAAUGUAGAAAACUCAGAUUUAGUGGAAAAUGAACAACAAGUGGUGGUGGAAUUCUCUGCCAAUGAAAGCAUUUGGAAUCAAAUGGUGGAGAUUAUCAAGUUUUCAGGGCCAGCAGUUGGGCUUUGGUUAUGUGGACCUUUGAUGAGUCUUAUUGAUACAGCUGUUGUUGGUCAAGGAAGUUCCAUUGAACUUGCUGCUCUAGGUCCCGGAACCGUCUUUUGUGAUAACACAAGCUAUAUUUUUAUGUUCCUCUCAAUAGCCACUUCAAAUUUAGUUGCUACUUCACUUGCAAGGCAGGACAAAGAUCAAGUGCAGCAUCAGAUAUCUGUCUUGAUAUUCCUUGGGUUGGUCUUUGGUGUUCUAAUGUUUUUCUGUACGAGAUUAUUUGGUAUUCGUGCACUAACUUCUUUUACCGGAGCCAAGAAUAUAGAAAUUAUAAACUCGGCAAACACUUAUAUCCAGAUUCGAGGCUUGGCAUGGCCAGCACUGCUGGUUGGUUGGGUUGCCCAAAGUGCAAGUCUAGGCAUGAAAGAUUCGUGGGGACCUUUAAAGGCUUUGGCAGUUGCUACUGUUAUUAAUGGCAUUGGCGACAUAGUCUUGUGCAGAGUCUUCAGUUAUGGUAUUGCUGGAGCGGCAUGGGCAACAAUGGUGUCUCAAGUUGUUGCAGCAUAUAUGAUGAUCGAAGCACUGAACAAUAAAGGCUACAAGGGCUUUGCUAUCUCUAUUCCAUCAGCAGAUGAACUUCUACAGAUAUUCAUGAUUGCCGGCCCCGUGUUUCUAACGAUGAUGUCAAAGGUAGCAUUCUACUCUCUACUGGUCUAUUUUGCUACCUCAAUGGGCACACAGACAGUUGCUGCUCAUCAGGUCAUGGUACAACUGUUCAUGAUCUGUGCAGUAUGGGGUGAGCCUCUCUCGCAAACAGCACAGUCAUUUAUGCCUGAAUUGUUAUAUGGAGUCAACCGAAAUUUGUCAAAGGCCCGAAUGCUGCUGAAAUCCCUAGUGAUUGUUGGAGCAUCAUCCGGAAUGAUACUGGCAUCUGUUGCAGCAUCAAUUCCAUGGUUAUUCCCCAAAAUCUUUUCACCUGAUCCUCAGGUCAUACGUGAGAUGCAAAAAAUAUUGCUGCCAUACUUUAUAUCCCUAUUUGUGACACCCAGCAUUCUUAGUCUUGAGGGAACUCUGUUGGCUGGACGAGACUUGAAGUUCAUAAGCUUAUCAAUGAGCUCGAUAUUUGUUUUGUCUUCUAUUGUCCUCAUGCUGCUGAGCAGUAAAGGACUUGGUUUGUCUGGAUGCUGGUUUGCCCUUGUUAUAUUCCAAUGGUCUCGAUUUUUCAUUGCUCUACGACGGCUCACCUUGUCGAAUGGCAUACUCUAUUCAGAAGAGGCAACACAUAAUGCGUUACAAAAGUUGAAAGCUGUAUAGGUUUCUCUCAUUUUCAUACAACAAAAUUUUAAAACAGGAAAAAUAUGAAGAUCAGAUGGGAUCCAAUUCUUCCCAUGGAUAUAGUGUACACCACAAAUUUGAUAUCCCUUAAAUGGUAAUAUUAGCAUACGUGUCCUUGCUUCUUUUUUUUUUUUUCGGAGAAGGGUCUAAAAUGGCCCUGAACUAUGAACAUUGGUAUGAUAUUGUCCUCUGUUGAUGGGAGAUA